GAUGCAGCGGUUCCUGGGCGCUCGGGCAUUGGAGUUGGGGUGCGGAAGGCCACGUCGUUCCUGAGCAUGCUCGACAUCAGCCGCGCUGCUUGGGCGUCUUCUGGCGCAGUUCCGCUGGACACGGCGCUGUGUCAGUCUCUUGUCGCCGACGGUGCUUCUGCGACCUCCACAGGUAGCAGUGGCUCUCGGGGCAGCCCCGCCCGCGCGGCCGCACCUGUUGCAGAAGUUUCUAGCGGGUAUCCCAGGCUGACGGUGGCGGCCGCCGCGGACACGCCGAGUGCGAUUCACGCAGACGGCCCUGGGGCUCGCAGCCUCGGUGCUCCCAGGGCUCCGCUUGCACUGGUUGCCGGCGAGAGUGCGCCGGUGCAGUUGGCCGCGCGUCGGAAGGCUGCCGCUGACAUCGAUCGCUGUUUGGCGGCGGCCUGGGAGCCGUCCACGCGCAGUCGCUACGACGCCACCUUGCGCAGCGUGGUGAGCACAGUCGAAUCUGACACUGCGAUGUCCUUGCUGCCCUGCGACACGGAGGAAAAGGUCAUGGUGUUGUUCGCUGGGAUGAUCGGCCAGCCUUGGGGCACUGUGGGCGCAGCAAAAGCUGCCGUCAGGGCCUGGCAUGUAGAGCGUGAUUUACUUGCUGCUUUCGAUUUGGCUUGGACUCCUCGAGCUUGGCAUUUCUGGCGAGGUCUCAAAAAGCUCGCUGACCAUUCGCUGCGGCACGCCAAGCGGCCACUUUCGUUCGACGAGGCGCGUGUUGUGCAGCGUUGUCGCCUUGCCCAAGCCUCAGACGCUGGUUUGCGCGAUGCUGCAAUGGUUGCGACAGCAUUCUUCGGGAUCCGGCGCUUUGCAGAAGUACAAGGGCUUCUCACAGAGGAUGUUGUUUUCCAGGAAGAUGCUGUUGAGUGCCGUAUCCGCCGGCAGAAGAACGAUCCUUGCGGCGUGGGAAUGCUCAUCUGGCUCCCGCGGCUGCCAGAGUUGGGGCCGCUCUGCCCUCUGAAACUUAUGCAGUCGUGGGCGGCUCGCAGAGCAGCUUUGUGGCCAGCUUCCACUGGUUAUUU